AACUUCUAUAGUAUUUCUUACGCAAUAUUCUUUUGUUUUUACUUGAACUAGAUCCUAUUAAAGUUUCUUUCGUCGUCUAUUGUUUACUACACAACACAACACAAGACGAGAAAGAGGGCUAUAUACAGAAGCAACUAUCUAUUUUAGGCGAAACAACAUGAUUCUGUGAUUUAUUUAGGUCCUAAAAGAUGAUUCUGGGAUGUCCGGGGUAGAGGAGGCCGAGGAAGAGGAGGAAGCGGGGAAGGAAGAGGAAGAAGAAGAGAGAGGAGGAGGAGGAGGUCAGGUUGAGGACGAGGAGGAAGAGGAACAAGUAAGAGAGGAAGGAGGAGGAGGAGGAGGAGGAGGCGUCGACGGCGGCGGCGAGGAAGAGGAAGAGAGAGAAGGAGGAAGCAGUGGACGUUUUUGGGCGCUGGUGCCCCUGUCGCGCUCCUCGAGGGGCGUGUUUGCAGCUCGAGUCAUGCUGGCCUGCAAGCUGACCUGCGUCCUGCUCUUGGCCUUCGCGGCGGUGCAGAGCAGCUCGUGGGCAAUAUCCUCUGAAGGCAGAGGCCCAUUAGUCCAGACAACACCAGCCGCCCAGCCCUUCUUUCCAAGACACUCCUUGGUCUCGGACUUCCACACGGGGGAUAUUGUGGCUCUCACUGAGCGCCUGCUGGCCACAGACCUCUCCUUGGUGGUGUACUAUGCUCCAUGGGACAGGGAAUCCCAGGCUGUUCGGUGGGAGAUUGAGAAGGUUGCCAGAUACCAUCAUGAACAGGUUUACUUCGCGGCAAUCAACUGUUGGCACCCAAACUCAGAGUGCCGUGCACGCUACAAGAUCCGCACAUUCCCAGCCAUUGUACUGCAUGUACGCUCCUCCUCAGGCCAAGAGACCAAGGCCAUGGCCUAUGGGGGUCCACAUCAUGCUGGCCACAUUGUGCGGUUCCUUUCACGUGCCCUGCGACCUUUGACCCAUGUGUCUAGCCAUGCUGAUCUGGCCAGGCUGCAGAUGGAGUUUAGUGCAACCGUCCUAGGCUACUAUGACUUCACGUCCUCUGCAUAUCUCCCUAAGGGCUUUAUGUCCUUCUACUUGGCCUCGCUCCGUGCCUUACAACAUGACAACACCAACACCAUAGCCUGGGGCGUGGUCACUAAUCCCCAGAUUGCCCGAGCGCUCUCCUUCAAUGGCACUAAGUCGGUACAUCUGGUGCUGUGGAACACUACACUUUCAUUCACAGGCGCUGCAAAUGCCGACAGUGAGGGCAUCAGCAACUGGGUACUGAAGAGACUGGAUGAGACGGCAGCAUGGGUUGACCUUCCUGGAACCAAGAGUCUGGCCCUGGACCGGUUACUUCAGAAAGGGCCCGCGCUAAUUCUCUUCACCCCCGAUAACCCCUAUCACACAGCCAACGACCCCUUUAAUUUGCUCCGAGAGGUGUCGCUAGACUACAAUAAUUGCAAUAGAUCAGCACGUGUCAACAAUUUGGCCAGCUACCUUGGUUCAGUGCGAUCCAGAGGGCGAAGGCAACUGCGACAGGCUGAGCGGGUCUGCAAAAACUACCUCCAAGAACAGCUGCGCAUCUUGCAUCUUUCCCGAGAGCAACUAAAUCUAGAAGAUGAGACAUGUUGCCGUACCAUGCCAGGAGAACGCAGUACAACCCCUGGAGGGAGCCACCAUGACAAGGUGUGCGAUGUUUGUGUCCACCCGGUCAACAAACCCACAAGCCCUGAGCACAUGCACUGCACGAAGCCAACUUCAUGGUAA